GUUUCCAAGCAAAGGAUAGCGGAAGAGUGUCUCUAUAUGUAGCAUAUCUGGGAAAAGGAAGAGAAAAUCCUGCGGGCGUGAGUGUGUUUGUUGGCGAUGAUGUCUUCAAUUAAAAUCGUAUGGAUCCUGAUGGUGUCUUUGGCAGCAGCAUCAUGCGCGUUGAGCCAAUCCAAGAAGUUAUCAGCGUACGAUGUUCUGACGGAGUACGGGUUUCCGGUGGGUCUUCUUCCCAAAGGCGCCAUAGGCUAUUCGAUCAACAGAGAAUCCGGUGAGUUCGCAGUGUACUUCGACGGAAGCUGCACCUUCGACAUAGAGUCAUACUCGCUCAACUACAAGUCAACCAUCACGGGAGUAAUCACCAACGGUAGGCUCUACAAGCUCAAGGGUGUCACCGUCAAGGUCCUGCUCUUGUGGCUCAACAUCGUCGAGGUCACGCGUCAGGGUGACGACAUCUAUUUCUCCGUCGGCAUCGCUUCCGCCGAUUUCGGCGUCGACAACUUCCUCGAGAGCCCCCAGUGCGGUUGUGGCUUCGAUUGCAACAACCUCCCCCUAAACGGUCACGUUUCUUCCAUUUAAUUACCCUUUUUUUUCUGCCAUUAUUCAAUCGGGGAUUAUAUUAUUCGACUCUCGCUUGCCAAUUCUAGAUCUAUCUAUCUAUCUAUCUUUUAUGCUUUUCAACUUAAUAAUUACUCUACUUUCAUCGGGGAUUUUUUUCCCCUUCGCAUGAUUCACCCUAGGGCUUUUCGCCCUUUGUGCUGCCGUUUGCCUCAGAAUCCAGAAAAUGUCACAGUAGUUGUCAUUACUCUAUUAUUGUCUUGCCCUGUCCACCAUCACAUGGGACAUUUCGCUGGUUUUAUUUGUCUUUUUUUUUACUCAAAAAGUAAGAAUAUCAUACCAUCAUUUGCUAUUAAUAAUAAAGAAAAAGUAUAUGAUAUC